AUGACUGAAAUACGCGGUCGCCAAAACAAUGGGUCAAAAUCACAACAAGCGGGUGUCAAGCGCCAAAAAUGGCCCCAAACAAAAAGACCCACCCCUCCCCUAACCCUAGCGCCCCGCGCCCAACAUCCUUCCGGAUCUCGCACAGUGCUACCGUCGUUCCCCGCUAGGCCGCCACCAAUCGCACACUGCGCGCCCAUCAACGCAUAUCCGGUGAGGAAGGCCUGGGAGGCAGCGGCGACGGUGCUGGCCCAGGUGGCAGCGUCGACGGUGCGGGCCCGGAAGGGCUUUUGGGCGCCAGCUCCAGGGAGGACAAGGCCGCCGCGGCGGCCGUCAUCCACGACCCUGCGCUCAGCGUUGUGGGCUCGGGAGGCCGCACGUGCUGCCUGCUCCGAGGAGGACGAGGCCGCAACGGCGGCCGCCGACAAUGACUGUGCACUCGCUGCGUCGCGCAGCCACUGCGAGGCGAGGAGCCGAGGACUAGAGCGAGCACCUCGACUGCCUCUGCAGCAUCCUUGGUUGCGACCCCAAGAACCAAGGUGCAGUGAUAGCCGGCCCCGCACCAUCCUCGCCUAUGACCCCAAGACUGCUGGAUUCUUAGUUGCAUCAGAUGCUGCUAGAAUAGCACUUUUGAUUAGGUUGUUCAAGAUGCUAGCCAUAGCCUAUUUUCAGUGGCCAGGAGUCUGGAGGACCGACAGGAGCCUGCCGACUAAGCCUAUUUGUAGCAGUAGGCCUAUCGGCCUUCUAGAGAUGACUAGUCCUAUCGACCAGCAGAUCUGUUCUCGGUGCCGGAGUGGCGGAGCUUGCCGACAGCCUUCAAGCUAUUCACUGGUGCGUGUACUGGUCUCUCUCCAGCCGUGA